AUGUACGCUCUUCAUCUUGGAUAUGGAUAUUGCAUAUUGCAGUGUGCAUACUCUGCAGCAUUUACACUUUCAAGGUUCACCUUCGUUAAUGAUGAUGAUGAUGGUGGUGAUAAUGAGGAGAGGGAGAGGACGAGGAGUAAAAGGAGGAAAGGUGAUGAAGAUGAAGAUGAUGAUGAUGAUAACGAGGAGGAGAGGGAGAGGAGGAGGACCAGGAGUCAAAGGAGGGGAGGUGAUGAAGAUGAUGAUGAUGAUGAUAAUGAAGAUAGCGUUAACUGGAAGCCAAAGAGACGCUGCAAAGACCCUAAUGUAGAGCCCACAGUGCAUCGCGUGAGGUGCACUGACGGCAAUAACACCCAACGGGAGGACACUGAGGAGGAGGAGGAGGAGGAGGAAAGGAAGAAUUGUGAAUUGUAA